CAUGCUGUUGUAAAUGUUACAAAAGGAAAUAUUUUAUUAUGCGGUGAAAAAGUGCUAAAUAUUUUCAGCAUGGAUGGUGGUGUAUUUUAACACAUGUUUUGCCGCUUUCUGCGAAUUUUCGCAUGGAGCAGACAUACAUACACUAAGGUCAUCCCACGUAUCCUAAAUAAUCUUCGAAAUGAGUAUAAUCAACGAGCCGGAGAUUUCAUCAAGAGAUUCACACAAAAAGUGGUGGGCGUGAUGGGUUGCGGUGGUAGCCGAGCAAGCCGACUGGUCUCCCCGCUUAGCAAAGCAGUUAUCUCUUGGAACGGCACGGCGCCACAACCCACGGCUCUUCAACUAAAAGAACGCCUGCGUCUUAUGGCCUCCAAAGACGCAGCUGUGCAGGUAGGGCAAGCUCCUGUCUUAGCAGACAAGAAUACGCAAACAGAUGCCGUGCACUUUACAGAGGAAGAUCUGGAGACAUUGCUAGAGGAUGAUGCGGAAGAGCCAGAGAUCACAGAUGUGGAAACUCAAACGAAUCCCACUUCACAUCAUGGAGGAGGGGAUAAUGUUAAAAGUGUUCUUAUGCAAACGGACAACGAGAAAAGCGGAAGCGUGAAAUUUUAUCAAAAGAGACAGUUAAUUGAAGCCCAAGAGAUCAAUAUAAUUACUAUCGACAUUGGAGUACAAGCUGUGAAACCUCUCAGUGAUCACUGCACGCAGACCUACCGCAUCUCUCUAAUGGAAUUUGAAAGCGCUGGUUGGAGGCUUGACUAUACAUCAAAGUCUGGGAAAAAAUUAGGUAUUAUGGCCAAUAAGAGACUGUCCAAAAUGGCCGACUUUGAAUCUCAGACAGAUCCUGUAACAAGAGCUCUAGCAGCCAAUGCUGCUGGUAUCGAAUCAAACGUAUUUUCCUCUAUGGACAGCAUAUCACCUAUUGCUCAUAUUCAUAAAGAGCUCAGCAGCACGGGCCUCAAGACAUCUCAAGUGUCAAAGUCGGCUAUACAUGAAAGUAUCGCUCGCCUUUUGGAAGACGUCGAAGAUUCAAUGCGCAGUGAUUCGGAGAUCGACGGGAGAUUUCUCGGUGGCUACGCUGAACCUUUGGUGGUUAAAUGUGACGCAGGAAUUCAGACGGAUAAUGAUCCAAUCACAGAUGAAGCGCCCGAAUUUGCAGCUAGACCUCCACCUUGUAAAAAGAAAGAGAUGAUACCCUGCAUGUCCGUCUUCAAAGACAUCGAUAAGCGAGCAAUAGAAGUGCCUGAAUCCGCUUUAGUGAACAUCCGGAGUGUUGUCAAAUAUUUGGUAGAUGGUUGUGCAAAUGAUAUAUACAAAGUUAGAGCGUUUUUCAGGUGGAUCGCCGAUAGCAUAACGUACGACUGGAGGUAUAUGGACAUCAAACUGUCAGCAGAGGAGGUCUUUCAAAGACGGGAAGGAGUAUGUAAAGAUUACUGCAAGCUGUUUUCGGAAAUGUGCAGGUUGGCAGGUAUUCGUGUCAAAACUUUGAAUGGAUUCGCAAAGGGUUAUGAUUAUCGCCCAGGUCACCAAUUUGUUCCUGGAGAAGACGUGACCCAUGCUUGGAAUGCCGUGUUCAUAUUUGGAGCUUGGAGAUUCAUUGAUACAACUUGGGGGACAGGGUACACUGAUCACACGGGAAAGUUUCAGCAGAAAUUAAACGAGCAUUUUUUCCUAACGGAUCCCGAAGUCAUGAUAUGGACUCAUUACCCAUAUGAUGAGAUGGAAAAUAACUAUAGCAGAUGGCAGCUGUUAGAAGUAACAGUCAGUUUGGAGGAGUUCAAUGCUUUGCCCAAAGUCACCCCAUACUUCUUCGAUUACAACAUGAAAAUUAGGUCAAGGCCUCAGAAUCCGGUAGUUUUCAAGGUUCAUAAAGAAGUGAAAAUUGCUGCCCAUGAACCAAUGAGAUGGAAAUAUAAAUUGUACCCAGCAGAUGAAAUUGAAAAUGCGUCUUUGAACAACUAUGUAUUUUGUCAACUAAAGGAAGACAGGCUAGUUGGAUCAUUCGCUGUGACACCACCCGUCGAAGGCCGAUAUUACUUCAAGGUUUAUGCCAAACCUGAAAGGGAAAUGAAAGAAGAAACAAAUUUGCACAAUGUGGUGAUAUUUUUACUUGAUUGCCUUGUGGCAAAAAAGUACAUUCAGCCUUAUCCACAUAAUGAAGUACCUUGGGGCCCAACGCAGUGCUUCUAUGAUUACCGAAUGAAAAUGGUGAAUCAAAGUGGACCAAUGAUUGUGACAUGGGGUGGUAAACGCAAACUCAUACUUGAAGUGAAAGACGUCAUGCUCAUCACCUAUCAACUAUUAGAUGUGGAAGGUAUCGAAAUGGACUCCAAAGAUAUCAUCAGAAGAGAAGACAAAGAAAAUCGUGUAAGCUUCACAUUUACGCCCUUGAGAGUUGGUAUGUAUAAGUUCCUCAUCUUCGGUAUGCCUAAGCCGAAACAAAAGGGAAAGUGGAGAUUACCUCUCAUAGCAUCAUACCUCAUUGACUGUAAAUUCACUAGACAAUUAUACGAUGAAGAUUUCCCUCCUCCUCAGGUGAAGCAGCCAGAAAAAGAAGAGCCCAAACCCGAGCUUGAGAAAAAGGAAAAAAGAAAAAUAAAAAUUGCUUUCCUUAGGUGAAGCAAAAGGGAUGUUAACUUGAUAUAAAAUUGCCUUUGUGCCCUACAAAUCCUUCCGUGAGCCUUAAUAUGGUUGAUAUGUCUACGUAUAGCAUCAAGGUGCUUACAUGAAACAAAUCAAUAUAUUCGAGGAACUGUGAUGCCAUAUUGUUUGAGGGCAUACUGUUAACGCACUUAAAAUGCGUUCUUCUCCUUCUUGCCUUGAGGUACUUAAAAUUGCAGUCCGAAAAUAGAAAUCAAGGUGCAUUGAGGAUAAACAUCCACUGUCUUUUUUGAAACAACUCCUUCCAGGCUUAUUAUUUUCAGAAUAAUACAUAUUUAUAAAUACUUGUAGAAUUUCUUUUGAUAUAACAUAUUCCAAAAGAAAAUGCGUGUCUGUGGUUCAUAAGGAUAAUUUUUAUUACGCGAUGUAAAAAUAAUAUUUUUAGAUUACAAAACAAAAUGUGAAAUAUAGUAGAUUGCACAAAUGCUUUUUUAUUAAUUUAAGUAUCCUAAGAAGAAUGAUAUUAGAAAGGUUUCCAAAGAAAAUAGAUCUGAUAUUUUCAGUAGAUAAAGGCAGCUUGGGUACUUAGACAUAAAUAUAUAUAUAUAUAUAAUAUAAGUAUCCAAUAUAUAUAUAUAUAUAUAUAUAAGUAUCCAAUAUAUAUAUAUGUAAUAUAUAUAAGUAUCCAAUAUAUAUAUACACAUAUACUUAGAUAUCCAGUUCUUUUUCUUUCCUUUGCCCUUUUGUUUACAAAAUAGAAAAGCAAGGAAAAAAAAAGAGGUGGCAUUAUUAGCUUUUUUUUAUGAUGCCAUGAAAUUCUUUUGUGAGUAUUUCUACAAAUAUUUAUUACAGAAAUAAAGCUUAUACUCAGAAAUCUAGGUUUAGCUAUGUAUUUUGAACCAAAAGUUUUUUUUGUGUGUGUGACUUCAAAUUUUCCUUUAUUUUAAGCUUCAUCCUUUUCUCCCUUUGACUGAAGAAAAUUUUUUAUAUUAUUCUAAAAUGUUGUUAUGUGUUCAGUUCAGCUCUGGAGCUUAAUCCAUCUUUAUCAAAGCUUUGAUACAAUUGGACUGAACUCGAAGGAAAUUGUAAUCAAGGGAAAGCAGUACUAAUUAUUAUAUUGUUUACUAGUCUUAACCUACCAUAGAAUGUUUAUUAUUUCUCAUUUGCAUAUAUUCAUUCAACUUUUAAAAUUUAUAUAUUUUUAUAACCACAAUCAGUAUGUAAGUAAAAUGUUUAUUUUAAUGACACAUUUCACUUUUAUACAGCAAAUGUUGAAGUCAAUUGAUUCACAAGUGCUGAAUUUGUUAGAGAGAGAGAAAUUUUAGAUUUUAUU